AUGGCUACCAGCCCUGUACUUCUCAUCCUCGGAGCCGGCCCUAGAAUCGGCGCCUCUGUCGCCGACAGGUUCGCCCUUGACGGCUACAAAGUCGCUAUUGCGAGCCGCAGCGGCACAGACUCUAAGAACGAAAAAGGUUUCCUCUCGCUCAAAGCCGACUUGGGCAAGCCCGACUCCAUCCCGGCCAUCUUUGACGCCGUCAAGGCCGAGUUCCAUGCUGCUCCUAGCGUUGUUGUCUACAACGCACCGGCAUACACGUACCCGCCAGACAAGGACUCUGUUUUUUCAAUUCCAGUUGAGAGCUUUGUGGCUGACUUGAACGUCAACACUGUGAGCCCCUAUGUCGCGGCGCAGCAGGCCGUGGCUGGUUGGGAGACGCUGCCCCAGGAGAGCAAGAAGAGCUUCAUUUACACGGGCAAUAUCUUGAAUACCUCUGUAUUUCCUGUCGCAAUGAUGCUGGAUCUUGGCGUUGGCAAGUCAGCCUCAUCGUAUUGGAUCGGGGCUGCUGAUAUCCUUUACAAGACUCGAGGGUUCCGAUUCUUUUAUGCCGAUGAACGUACCGAAGAUGGCAAGAUUAUCGGAAAGGAUGUGGAUGGUACCGCGCACGCCGAAUUUUACGCUCAGUUGGCGAGACAGGAAGGGGAUAUCCCAUCCCAGGCUACAUUUGUGAAGAACAAGGGAUAUGUUGCCUUCAACUAA